CCGGGAGGGGGGCUGCUGGGCACUGCUUCCCUUCCCUGGGCGUUAUCCUUGGCUUUGGUUUGUCCAAACUCAGGGCUUUUCUCUAAGGCUGUAUCAUCUGCUUCCGUGCCCCCGCGGGCGGGCAGCGCUGCAGGCAGCUGCCUGCCCCGGCGGGGCUGGCGCUGGGGAUGGGGUUUGGGCAGGUGCUGGCAGAGCCGGGUGGCUCGAGUGGCAGUGGAGAAGUGGCGGUGGAAAGCAACCUGUUCUCGGGGGACGUUUGUCGGAUGAGGGCCUGCCCAGCACCAGGGGGUUCGGAUCGAAACGCCAGAGGCACCAUCCCACAGAGCUUGUGGAGCCCACUAGCUGGCUACAGGAGCUGAACAUAUCCCAAGGGACCUUCAAGCAGAGGGAGCAGCACAGGCAGCCUGCUAAGGAGCCAACAUGGAGCAGAAGAUCAGCUCUUUCUUUAAUUCCAUCUUGGAGCUCAUCCGUACCAAGCAUGAGGAAGGGAUCUUCAACACUGUCUGCCUGGCUGUGCUGUUGGGUCUACCAUUUGUUGUCCUCAUUGCAUUCAUUUUCAUCUGCUGCCACUACUGCUUCUGUAGCCGGAGGAGAGAAAGCAGGAAGAAAGGUGGCCCCAGCAGCAAUGGGCAGCUGAAUGCUGAGAGGAACAAGAAGAAAAAGAAAAAGAAGAGGGAUGAAGAGGACCUGUGGAUCUCUGCUCAGCCCAAGCUGCUCUUGCUGGACAAGAGACCUUCCUUGCCCAUCUAGUGGACAGGAGGGCAUAGAGGCCCUCUCCUCUGAGAUGCCACCAGUCCUUUCAGCUCUGCACUGCAAGGGGCAAGGAGACGCCAAAGCUGCUGCCACUUUACGUUGACUUUCAAAAGAGGCUGAGCUCAGCAGCCAGCCAGCAUGUUGAAGAGCCAGCAGAGAGCAAGGCAGUCAGGCACAGGUAUAUGCAAGCCCUUCUCCCCCACCAUGACAGUGUGCCUGAGAGCAGAACCCCCUGCAAACAACAGGCAUGCAUAUAAACACGUGCUCUGCUGAGCACCCAAGGGUGACCUGCCACCAGACUGUAUGUACCUCCCACCAUAAACACAGCACACAUGCACUGGGCUGGCACGCAGUGAGCUGGGUGUGAGGCUCUCUCUCUGCACUUGUAUGCAAGCACAUGCACUGUGGCACUGACAAGGGUGCAUAGGACCACAUGCACAAAAAGACCAAGCUGCCUGCAUGCCCCCCCUGCACAAAUACAGACAGCCACAUGGGAAGCAAGCACGGGCAUGGUGCAUUUGCUUGCCCUGCCACAGAGAUAGCACAACUUGACUGUCUAGCCUUCAUCCAAACCCAGCUUACAAUGGAGACGCAAAGAAAGCCAAGUGCAGAGUUACCCAACAGCUCAACAAUGUGCCAUCUCCCUGGCCACCAAAACAAAGGCAGCUGCGAGCAUCUGAAGCCAGAUGCCUUCAGCCCAGCCUUAGAGACCUCAAGGCACCAUCUAACGCAGCAAAGCAGAAGGAUGCAUUGCCACCUAAGCUAGAGGCAGGAAGGAGAGAGAAGGCUUCAAGACUGACCUUUUUGCACCAGCACUUAAAAACAAAACUAAAAAAAUCUUCCUUGAAAAACUGUUUUAUACAGACUUGCCUUUAAAGAGCCCACCAUGCUACUGCAAGAGUGGAAACACCAGCUGAGGCUGUGUAAAGACUUAGCUAUGGGCAUUAGAGUUAUUUAUUGAAUGACUACUAAAGAGCAGGACCAAAGGCCCCUGUGUUAUUGGGCUAGGCACACCAAAGUGGUAUUGAAGCAGCAGACACGCUUUCCCAGCACACUUGGCUGUCCCCUCUCUCUGCAGCCUUUGUGCCACACAUUAGAUGCGGAGAGGGCUUCGGUACAGCUGUCAAGCCAGCCAGCUCUGGGAUUUGCUGUAGAAGUAAAGUUCAUGCCCACGGUCAUUCCUUAUCCAGAGAUGCAUUGUACAGCUGGACCCUACACCCCUCUCCACCUUUAUCUCCCUUGGACACACAGUGGCUUAGCCAGGUACAGCAGCUAAUGACCACACGCAGCUCUCACCCCUACUCUGGUUUUCAUCUUCUGCUCCCCCUAAGCCUGAGUGCCCAGCCUACUGCUGAGGAGUUGAGGGUCUCCUCUGCUCCCUGCUCUCUGAUCCACCAGGCUUUGUCUCCCUGAACUUGCUUUACCACCAAGAGACUUGUGCAU